UACUAAAAAUUGAAAAAAAAUAAAAAAACAUAAUUCGUUAGCUUUUGAAUUGAAAGAAAAUCCAAAUUCCCCAGAAAAGAUUUUUUAAUCCGAGAUAGAUCUUCUCACACUCUGAAUCAGCAUAAUUACGAUGUCAAAUAUGUGGAGAUUAGGGUUUAUAUCAUCGGUAUUAUUGGGGUUGAUGAUUGCAGUGUGCAGAUUUGACGGAGUUUUGGGAUCGCAGCAGAGUUCAGAAGAAGCCUACGUCACGCUUCUCUACGGUGAUGAAUUCCUGCUCGGCGUCCGAGUACUGGGGAAGUCGAUCCGAGACACCGGUUCUAACAAGGAUAUGGUUGCGCUCGUCUCUGAUGGAGUUUCUCUCUCUGCUCAAAAGCAGCUUCAGGCUGAUGGCUGGAUUGUGAAAACAAUUAGUUUACUGGAAAAUCCCAAUCAAGUGCGUCCAACGAGGUUUUGGGGUGUCUAUACAAAGCUUAAAAUAUUUAAUAUGACGGAGUACAAAAAAGUGGUAUAUCUUGAUGCUGAUACAAUUGUCGUAAAGAGCAUUGAAGAUCUUUUCAAGUGUCGGAAAUUUUGCGCCAAUUUAAAGCAUUCAGAAAGGCUGAAUUCUGGAGUCAUGGUGGUUGAACCAUCAGGGCAAGUGUUCAAGGACAUGAUGACCAAAGUGAACACUAUGUACUCUUACACUGGAGGUGACCAAGGAUUUCUCAACUCAUAUUUCCCCGACUUUGCAAAUGCACGUAUUUUUGACCCGCAUGCAUCUGAGGAGGAAUUAAAGUCUAGACCCAUACCCCAAAUGGAGAGACUUUCUACUUUAUAUAAUGCUGAUGUUGGUCUUUAUAUGCUUGCAAACAAGUGGAUGGUUAAUGAGGACCAACUUCGUGUUAUUCAUUACACACUUGGUCCUCUUAAACCUUGGGAUUGGUGGACACAUUGGCUCGUUAAACCUGUUGAUGUCUGGCAGAAUGCGAGGAUAAACCUUAAAGAGACACUCCCAGGUACUGGAGGGGGUCAAAAUCCGAAUGAUGAGCUGCUAGUCAAAUUUCUUAUUCUGGUUCCACUCGUGUUCUUUAUUUUCUGUUAUUACCGCUCAUACUUACAGACACGGUCACUUUUUGAUCAUAUUAGACACCUCUACUAUAAACUGAGAUCUGGAAGUGUUCUUGGUUAUUCCUCCGUUACAUCAUCUACCAUCAGCUCCAAUCAACAGCUUCCAAAUGCAGCACAAAGCAAGGUGCCUGCAUUUCUCGGUCCAGUCUCAGCGGCAGUUAGUUUUAUAGCUGCUCUAGUUUCACUUGCACUUUCAUUCUCAAUUGUGCCUCGACAAAUCAUGCCGUGGACUGGUUUCUUCCUUGUGUACGAAUGGACAUUCACAAUAUUCUUCCUACUCUUCGGAAGCUAUCUGCAUGUAAUUUAUCAAUGGGGAAAGCAUCUGGCCCAACAGUCAGCAUCUUUUUCCUCGCGUCCCGAAUCUUCAGAUUACGAUUCUGGGAAAGGUCAUUUGCGACAUAUGUCGUCUUGUGAUGUUGCCGGUUGUUACUAUGGGUUAGGGAUGGCAUCUCUUGCCUUGGCCGUUCCUCUAUUACCUUGUCUAUUGGGAAUCACUGCCCUAUUUUUAAGGUUAGGUUUGAUGGUGGCCGGAGGGCUUAUCUUGACAUCGUUUAUGACAUAUGCUUCGGAGCACCUUUCGAUAAGAGCAUUUAUGAGGGGUUACGAAGAUAGGGAUUCACAAAGAACCCGGAGUUUUUGUUAUAUGUGCUAGUUGUAUUUACCAUUUUUUUUUUGUAAGCUAAUUUAAUUUUUCGACAGAGCUAGAGUCCAUCUUUCGUGUAACUUAUUGAUAUAACAAUUUUUUUCUCUUUCUCUGGUUCAACUGUAGUAUAUUAUUUGCCUUAAAAAGUAUAUAUAUUAUAUAUGUGUGUAUAUAUAUAUAUGUAUAUAUAUUUGCUGGGGCAAAAAUGUUAGUAUAGAAGAGAAGACAAUCUAACAUAUUUUUGUACAUGCUUCUUAAAUUUUCUAUUAGUGAGAUGAAAGUUAUCAGGUAA